GCUCGCCCCGUGCCCCUGGCGCCGACCCCCGCCUUCCUGCCGCCCACCUACGGGGUGCUCAAGUCCCUGCUGGAAAACCCCCUCAAGCUGCCGCUGCACCACGAGGACGCAUUUGGCAAAGAAAAAGACAAAGAGAAGAAGUUGGAUGAUGACAGCACCGGUACUACAGUUCCCCAGUCAGCUUUCUUGGGUCCAACAUUAUGGGACAAGACACUGCCAUAUGAUGGAGAUACUUUCCAGUUGGAAUACAUGGACCUGGAAGAAUUUCUUUCAGAAAAUGGUAUUCCACCCAGCCCGUCCCAGCAUGACCAUAGCCCGCACCAGCCAGGUCUCCAGCAAGCUACCUCAGCAACCCCCUCCGUCAUGGACCUCAGCAGCAGGGCAUCUACAUCUGUCCAUCCGGGCAUGGUGUCUCAGAACUGCAUGCAGAGCCCAGUCAGACCAGGUCAGAUCUUGCCAACAAAUCGUAACACACCAAGCCCCAUUGACCCCGAGACUAUCCAGGUUCCUGUAGGCUACGAACCUGACCCCGCAGAUCUUGCCCUUUCCAGCAUCCCUGGCCAGGAGAUGUUUGACCCUCGUAAACGCAAGUUCUCUGAAGAAGAGCUCAAACCGCAGCCAAUGAUUAAGAAAGCCCGCAAAGUCUUCAUUCCAGAUGAUCUGAAGGAUGACAAAUACUGGGCAAGGCGUAGAAAGAACAACAUGGCUGCCAAGCGAUCGAGAGAUGCCCGGCGGCUGAAGGAAAACCAGAUUGCCAUCCGCGCCUCGUUCCUGGAGAAGGAGAACUCAGCCCUCCGCCAAGAGGUGGCCGACCUACGGAAAGAGCUGGGCAAAUGCAAGAAUGUGCUGGCGAAGUACGAGGCUCGGCACGGCCCCCUGUAAACCGCGGGUUGCUAUUGUUUUUUUUUUUUCACCUCCUCCUUUUUUUGUCGUGGGUUGGCAUUUGCCUAGAUGGACAAUGUGUUUCCUGUUUGAUAGCACCACGCCCAAGCCACCCUUUCUGUCAUCAGCACUUUACCAGAAGCAGAAACAAAACUGACGUUCAUUAUUUUUCGUUUGCAUGUGCGCGCGCGCGUGUCUGCAUGUGCGCGCGCAUGUGUCUGUGUGUGUGCACAAGAGUGUGUGCAUAUCUCAGCACUUCCCAUUUCUAUGAAGCCCUUUUCAAAAGGUGCCACAUUUUUACCUGGACUGUUGAGAACUGCCAUAGUAAGCUUUUUAUUAUAUUUUCUUUUUCUUUUCCUCCCCUCCCCUAGUGCUGCUUCAGAUUAGGAAUUUUUUGUUAUUAUAACCAGUUCCAUCCUCCUGAUUUACUUGGAAAGAUCCCAGUAUAAAUUAAAAAAAAAAAAAAAAGACAGAAAAAAAAAGUAGAUCUCAGUUUUCAAGAGUAACAAGCUAUUGUUUAAACAUGUCUAAUCAGAAAAGUUAACAGGCUAAUAAAGUGCACAAAACAUAAUUUUAGAACUACACUGCAGAAAUAUUAAUUUAUAGAUUGCUUUUGUUGUAUUUUAAGUUUUGGUGAUAAUUGUCUUCAGAUUUAAAGUGCUGUUAGACUGAGUUAGUUAUACCUACUAUAGCUCCAGUAAGGACUUAUCGAUAUCUAUUAAGUUUCCUUUACUUUCCACAAUCCCCAGAUAGAUAGGAGUAUAAUUAAUAGAACACAGAGUGUGGAUUUUGCACUACCUGUACCUAAAGCAAUAAUCCUAUUGUACGCUAGCGCAUGCUGCCUGGGUGUUCCUAGUGGACGUAGGAUGAUUUCCCUACCUAAUAAGAGUUUUAAAUGUCUUUUAAAUUAAAACCAAAAAUAAAAUUAAAAAGAGACCCAUUGAUAAGAGCAUGCCAGGAGUAUCCCUGAAAAAGGGUUGUGGGGGAAAGAGAGAUGGAGAGAGGACAAUUAGUUGAAAGAAGAACAAAAUUAAAAAGUAUCAAAUCAGAUUUGACCUUGACAUUUUUUAGUUUGGGGUAAUUUUGCACUUCUCAGAGUUCCAUUUUGUGAUUAAAGACUUAAAUGCAGGGUUUGUUUGGGUUUUUUCCCCCCAUUUUUUGUAAUAUUUUCUGUGGAUUCUCUCUCACUGUUUUAAAAUAACUUUUAUUGAAUUAGAAGAGACUAUUUUGCAAACCGAACUUUCCUAGUGAUUGUCAUUUUGAAUGUGUCAUGAACUGAUGGCUCUGAACUUUAUUCUGUUGUUCUAUCUCUCUCUUUGCUUUUGAAAAUACAUUCUAUUAUAAAGUGGACUUUUGAAAAUGAAUGUAAGAGACACUGGUGUAUUUCAGAAGGGGAUGGUGUUGUCAUAUACUGUGGUUAAUCCAAUCAAUUUAAAUGUUUACUAUAGACCAAAAGAAUAGAUAUUAUAAAAUGUAUAAAGUUUAUACAGAAUAAUUAUAGUAUGUUUUUGUACAGUAUUUUUCAAGUACAAAUACUGACAAUGUAUUUUGAAAGACAUAUAUUAUAUAUAGCAAAGAGAAAAGAAAAAAGCUAUUCCAUGUUUAAAAAAUAUAUAGCAAAGAUAUAUAUUCACCAGUAUUGUACAGAGAGGAAAUGCUUUAGUUGGGUUUUUUUUCCGUUUUUUUUUGUUUUUUUUUUAACUUUAAUAUUUUAAGCCUACCACUGACACAUCAGCAUGUUUUGCGCUUUAAAUUAAUUUUUUAUGAAAGUAAUAUGGCUUGCCAGGGUGCUUCAUAUUACUAAAACAUAAGAGACUUUAUUAUUUUCUAUUAGAAACAUAUAAACGUUCUCUAACACUGACAAAGCACAACAUGAAGUUCAGUCAAACAUCUAUUGGACAAUGCAAUAUUUUGUAAAGGCAGAAAAAUAAAAUUACUCUCACGCUCAUUUAAAAUCGGCUGCUGCUAGAAUCGGUUGCCAUCUGAAAAUCUUUAUAAACAGCCUUGUUCAUUUUCUUGGCUCUAUGUACUGCAAACAUGUAUUUACAUGUGGGAAAAAUAUGGUGCUACAUUUCUGGCGCUCAGUUUUCUAGGGUUUUUGACCUUUUUUCCACGUGAAAAGGUUAUUCAUUCCAUUAAUUCGUAUUACUGCUUCAGGAGAUUGUUACAAAGGACUCAACGUUUUGUUCGACAUUAAACAUAUCUGUUCACCAAUGGCAAUUUUGCAGUUUUCUUCCUCAAGCAUGUACCCCAAAUCUUUACAGUCCUUUAACACAGGGUCCCUUUCUUUCCGGUGGCCCGAUUAUUUCAGUGGAUUGAAUAUUCAUGUGCUGCAACAGAGUUCAGAAUGAGGAAAGUGAAUUACUUCUCAGAGGCCAGUAUAAACCAGAUGAGAUGAGCGAACUAUUUGGACUGUAAGUGUCUGAUACAAGCCAAUAUAUCUACUGACUGUGAAACAAAUGGAUGUUUCUAAAAAUGUUCUUUGGGAGCGGCAGGGUGCAACACAUCAUCCAGCAACAGGGAUGCACUCUCAGCAGCAAAGUAGCAUAGUGCAAGGGUGAUUUAUUGCUGGGGCCAUUUCAAUUGCAGGGGUUGCAUUGAUGAUCAUCAGCCGGUACGUCAGGAGCUAGGAAGCCCGGGUGGACUGCAUUGCGACCCCAGUCAUUUGUCAAAACACAAAAGGCAGCUGCAAAAAGUAUAGACGAUCACUUGGUCCUUCUUGGGGGGGAGGCCUGGGGAGAACAAUUGUCUGGCUAUCACAGAUGCCUCUACUGGGGCGCAGGGGUGGGAGGAUGAGCAAGAUAGUCUUUCCAUUGUGGGCCAGAGGUUCCUAGCAGCUACCUCGUCCAACACCACCAAUGUUUCUGAGUCUGUUCAGGUGCCUUAUAUCUCGAAGUCGUACAUGCUGCUGUCAUAGAAGGAAGGUUAGCCACAUGGGACCUGCACAAUGUGAAAACACAGUGUUUGACUUGGAGAGACUCAGAAUAAAGCAGGAAGGGCUGGUCAGUCCAUAAGCUAAUACUAGAGCUACACCCUGAAGUGCAGCGAGCACCAACGUUACGUCAACAUUUCCAUUAAAGCCGCUGUUGCCACCUCCACUUCGCAGAUGUUUAUAACUCAGUCAUUUAAGCUAAGGCCAUCAAAGGAGCCUAAGGGAGUUAGACAUCCAUCCCUUUUAGGGGGCGAUGGGUACUUUCUCAUUUGAAAAUCCCAGCCUUAAAAUCCACAGUCCUAGAUAGAAGGGUUGGGAGGUUCUCAGGAGGUCACCUAGACAUCACUUGGUCCAAGCCCCUGCUCAGGGUAGGAUCCCCCCUAAUUAAAUCAUCCCAGUACAUGAAAACAAUUGGGAUAAAACUUGAAAUACAUUUUUUUUCCUCCUAGGUUGUAUUUCCAAAAAAAUUUUUUUUUUAAAUUGGCUUGUAUUCAUCUUAGAAAGGGACUGUAUUUAAGAUGAUCAGGAUUCGGGUGGGGUGGGUCUCCUUGCUCCACAGGUACACAUAGGUCUGUCGGAGUAUAAGGUUGCUUAAAAACAUCGAAAUAAGUCAUGCUAAUUAUAACAACAGCUCCAAGAAGAGCCCCUUUGCAAUCUAUUAAAUAAUAAAAAUGAACUUAAAAAUGCUUGUUUCUUGCUGGAUCUUAAUAGUAAAUAUUUGGAGGGGGGGUGUAUGUUUUAUUGCUUUUUUUUUUUGGUUUUAGUGUUGUUGUUUUUUUUAAAUGCCACUUUUCAAAUAAGAGAAACUAAUUUCGAACCUGUUAGUAGUCCUCAUCACCCUGAGAGCUGGGGUUUUUAGCACUCAAGAGCCAGCAUCACAGAAUGAAAGUUCUGACUUUAAUCCUCAAAAGCAAGAAAUUCAGAGCUAAGGGAACCACGCUGGGACUGAUGCUUAACUCAUUCUCCUGUGCCUCCCUACUGUAGCACAAAUACACUACCUAAUGUUAGACGAGCUCUGCCGAGGCUUCUGUGAUAGCGCUACAAAAAACUGGAUGAGCUAAGUACCGAAAGAAGAGCCUUCAUUUCUGAAUUAGCUUGCUUCUGUGGGUUUGUUGGCCUCUGUCAUGCAAAAUUGCUUUUUGUGUGCGCUUUAUAAAUAUAUAUAUAUAUAUAUUUUAAACAAAACCAAGCGGUGCAGAUUAUUUUUCUUGUUUUGUUUUGUUUUUAUUUGAAAUAAAUAUAUUUAAAAAAUAAAUAAAAGUGAUCAACCAUUGUAUUUCUGGCAACACCACAAGACAGCAGCUGUUUAAAUACAAGUUUAACAUAUAAGAUCAGUCUAAAUGUAUGACAUGAGAUGGAUUGCAUCCUGUAUGCUGUUCAGCCCAAAUCUUUGUCUGUUAUUCUUAAUGUUUAAUAAACUUUUAAAUUUUU